CAGUGGGGAGGGCACGGCAGCCAAGCUGGUGUUCCUUCGCAGGGUGCUGAGAGCUUCCUUUGGUGGGCUUGUGGAAGGUAAGGGUCACCACCCACAGCAGCUCUACGAGGCAGAGACCCGAAUAUAUCUCUGUAGUCUACAGGGCAGACUAACCUAAUAUUCCUUAUCUCACAAGACGCUGUGUGUCUUGCUUCUAUCUGAGCAGUACUGGAGCAUUGUCCUUGCUGAUUUCUUGGUUUGUAUUGGCAGAAAUGGGCUCUGCUGGUGUAUGGCACCAUCAGGGUGGCAGAUGCCACUGACAGACCUCAUCAAUGGGUGUAAAUAUCUAAAUAUCCACGGAGGUGGAUCAGGCUCUUCCCGGGGGUGCCAAUGACACCAAUGGACAAGCAGGGAACACAGCUUGGGAAAAUACUGAAACUUUACAUUUUGGUAAACUAACUCCGAUAUGCCUCAAUGAACAAAGCCUGAGAGAGAAACAUGUAUUGUUCAGGGUGAACACCUGGAGUGCAGAAAUUAUGGACCACAAGGACAUUUUGUCGGAGACAGGCAAAGACUCAUUGUAAAGUCCCUACAAGAGGAAAAAGAUAGUAAAAAGACUAAAAUUGUGGACUAAUUAACAUAAGAAGCAAGAAAUCAAUAAGCAAUGGAGGGCAGAGUAGCAACUAAUGGAAGAAAAUGAUGUAAUUUAGAACUGAUGAGUAAUAAUUCUGUUGCUUGUUAAAAAGGCAUAAAUGAGUAAAAAACUUUUGUGUCUGUGUGGAGGCUGCAAUUUGGCCGUCCUGGCCAGACUAAAGUAACGCUUCCUCGCUAGUAAAGAGCCGGUAUCGGAGGUUUAAUUUCCCUGCGGAGCUGGCAGCAGGUGAGGCGCUGUGUCCCCGGGAUCUCUGCCCGGCACAAAGAUGGCAGCGGUCCCUCACGGGGCGGGGACGCGCGGGCGCGCAGGCGCGGUGGGCGCGGCGCGCGCGCUCGGGGCCGUCAUGGCGCGCUCGGUGCCGCUGCUGUGGGUGCUGCUGCCGGGGCUGGCGGCGCUGGAGCCGCUCAGCGUGGGCCUGGCCAUCGGCGUGGCCUCGGCGCUCACCGGCUACCUGUCGCACCCCAGGUUCUACUGCAGCUACGUGGAGUGCUGCCCCCGCGCCGGGCAGCGCCUCAACGCCACCGCGCUGAAGGCGCAGCUGGACAAUAGGCUCUUCGGGCAGCACCUGGCCAAGGACGUGGUGCUGAAGGCGGUGCUGGGCUUCAGCAACAACCCCAGCCCCAAGAAGCCGCUGAUGCUGUCGCUGCACGGCUGGGCCGGCACCGGCAAGAACUUCCUCAGUCAGAUCCUGGCGGAGCAGGUCCACCCCGCCGGCCUGCGCAGCAAGUUCGUGCAUCUCUUCCUGGCCACCCUGCACUUCCCCCACCACGACCAGGUCAAGCUGUACAAGGAACAGCUGCAGAACUGGAUUCGAGGCAAUGUCAGUGCCUGUCCCUCCUCUGUCUUCAUUUUUGAUGAGAUGGACAAAAUGCAUCCAGGUGUCAUUGAUGCCAUCAAACCCUUCUUAGACUAUUAUGAGGAGGUUGAUGGGGUGUCUUACAGGAAAGCCAUCUUCAUCUUCCUCAGCAAUGCAGGUGGUGAUUUAAUUAACAAAGCAGCUCUUGACUUCUGGGCAAGUGGAAAGCGCAGGGAAGAUAUUCAGCUGAAAGACCUGGAGCCCUUGCUCUCUGUAGGAGUCUUCAACAACAAGAAUAGUGGGCUGUGGCACAGCAGUAUCAUUGACAGGAACCUGAUUGAUUACUUUGUCCCUUUCCUGCCCCUGGAGCAAAGGCACGUGAAGAUGUGUGUCAGGGCUGAAAUGGCAGCCCGUGGCUAUGCUGUGGAUGAGAAGAUUGUUCAGGAGGUGGCAAAUGAGAUGACCUACUUCCCCAAGGAGCAGAGGAUCUACUCUGACAAAGGCUGCAAGACUGUACAGGCCAAGCUGGAUAUUCAUGAAGACUUUGUGAUGAGAGAUACGAACACCAGAGGUUGAUUUCCACUUUGAGUCUCCACAGCACUUUCAGAGCUUUUGGAAAUCUGUGUAUUUGCACUUACACUUUUUUACUGUUGCAGGGAGUAUGGUGAAAAUACCAGAGUGAGCUGUAUGGGCUUUGUAGCUUGUGUGUUUAGUUGUUUUUUGGUUUUUUUUUUUUUUUUUUUUUUGUUUGUUUUUUUUUUUUUUUUAACUUAACAUAGAAUUGGGACUUAGAGAUCAUCUAGUGACAUCCUGCCAUGGGCAGGGACACCUUCCAUGAAUCAGGUCACUCAUAGUCCCAUCCAGCCUGUUCAUCUCUGAACUGGCUGGUAUCCCAGUGUUGCCCCCUUUAGUUUUCUUUUAGUCUAUAGAGAAUUUUUAGUGUGACACACAGCACUGGAUACAGCCUCUCCUGCUUUAUUCUUCCAAUGCUGGGAUUAUGAAGUAUUUAAUUCCUCUUUCCACAUAAACUAGAUUGGAACAAAGGAACACAGAGGAAUUUUUCCAGAUAGUUUGUACUCCGUUCCAUGUACACAGUCUUGUUCACAUUCCCAGUGAAAUGGAGGGAUGUGUGCUGUGUUCUGAACUGUGAUCAUGUCUGCAAGGGUGAACUCCUUGGUGCAUUGCAGUAAGAAGAUGAUAUGGUAGAAAUCUUCCUGUGUCUCAGCUGGGCACAUCCUACAUCUCCUCGUACAGUAAUAUGAGAAGUCAUUAUGAGUUCCUAGAAAUCUAUUACUAAAUAAUGGAGAGAGGGCAGGGGAAGAGGAAGUAAGAGCUUGCCCUGUGUUUCUUUGGGGAAAAAUAAAUUGUUAAAGUAUUCUCUUAGUAAAUUUGUGACUCCAGGUCUUCCUAAACUGAGGGACCCAUCUGAUAGAUCUGUCACAACAUACUAGGCCAGUCUUUUGUACUUAAGCAGAAAAAUCAAUCAUGAGAAUUCAACUGUUGCAGUUUGUCAGAUUAAUCUCUGUGGGCUCCUGGGCCUGAAGCCUGUGAGGUCUGUAGUAGUCCCUCCCUGCUGCUCCUACUGGUCAAGGUGUGGAUAAUGGUGCUCUCACCUUGCUUGGAAGACACUUGAAUGGAGAAAGUAUUUUUAAUAGUGUAUUUUUAUGCUGAAAUGUAAGCAACAGCAACAAGCCUAUACCUCACUAGUUAGGUAUGUUUUAUAAAAGAAUGCCUGUGUGAAAGGGUGAGUGAUGAGUUAAGAAGCUCGGAAAGAUCAAUUUAACCUUCACCCAGUGGGGGGACUGGGUUUUAAACGCUGUUGCAAGCUUUAACUCUUAGUCUCCCAUCGAAUGUUGUAAUGCAAGACAGAAGUGCCUUUCACUUUGUUGGUUGUACUGUGGUUUUAAAUUGCUACAAGGGAGGGGGCUGUUUUUAUGCUGCAUCAUUAUUCCCUCACUUGUAUUUAAACUUCCUUUAAGAGGUAUUGCUAAUUAUAGGUCUCAUUACAAUCAUGUUAAUUCAAAUUACAAUAGAGAGUUUAGCGCUCAUGUUAAGUUCUAAAUUAAAAGUGUUGAUUGCCUUUUACAGCCCCACUGGAGUUUGUCAAACGUUGGCAAACUGUUCACAGUGAUGCAAUCUCCAGAGCCAAACACUAGCAAGCCAUUAACCUUGGGACAUUGGACUGUCACUUUUCAGUGUGAUGUUUUCCCUACUGACUGAUUUAUUCGUAGUUGUAUAUGCUGCAUCCAGUUUCACUUACUCCAAAAAGAAAAUAUUUGUGCUAUUUCAAAACACUAAAUACUACUGUACUGCAGUUGGAAUAAAUCCUAAGUUACUACUUU